AGAUUCGCAUUUCUUAACGCGAGAACAGAGCACGGGAUUUGCGAAGGCCGGGGUUUUCAUUCACCGUCCUGACUCCAACAGGUUAGAAGAUGGCCACUGCGGAAGUGCGACUCAAUCAUACAAUCUACAUCAACAACUUGAAUGAGAAAAUCAAGAAAGAUGAGUUGAAAAAGUCGCUGUACGCCAUCUUCUCACAGUUCGGUCAGAUUUUGGACAUCUUGGUCGCAAGAAACGUGAAGAUGAAGGGUCAGGCCUUUGUUAUUUUCAAAGAGGUUAACAGCGCCUCCAAUGCCCUGAGAUCCAUGCAGGGAUUCCCUUUCUACGACAAACCCAUGCGUAUACAGUAUGCUAAGAUGGACUCAGACAUCAUAGCUAAAAUGAAGGGAACUUAUGUGGAGCGUGACCGUAAAAAGGAGAGGACCAAGAAAGUCAAGGGAGCUGAGACAGCAGGAGCUAAGAAGGGUGUACCAGGAGCCGCUGCACCCAUGGUUGCUGGUGUCCCUGCUGCCAUGCCUGGAAUGCCUCCCAUGAGCCAGGCUCCCCGUAUGAUGCACAUGCCAGGACAGCCGCCUUAUAUGCCCCCUCCUGGCAUGAUGCCUCCUCCUGGGAUGGCACCUGGUCAGAUGCCCCCUGGAGCCAUGCCUCCUGGCCAGAUGAUGCCCGGACAGAUGCCUGGACAAAUGCCCCAGCAGGUUGCAGAAAAUCCUCCCAAUCACAUCCUCUUCCUCACCAACCUGCCAGAGGAGACGAACGAACUCAUGCUGUCCAUGCUCUUCAACCAGUUCCCUGGAUUCAAGGAGGUGCGUCUGGUCCCUGGUCGCCACGACAUCGCCUUUGUGGAGUUUGACAACGAAGUGCAGGCCGGCGCUGCACGAGAUGCACUACAAGGCUUUAAGAUUACACAAGCAAAUGCAAUGAAGAUCUCGUUCGCCAAGAAAUAAUACAGCUGAGGGCCAGUUGACCUGCUUACACACACACAUCUUUUAAGAGAUGUUCAGCAGUGAUCCGAACUAAAACGUUUUUUAAGAAAUAUGUUGAUCAAUGCAGAGCAGGUGAUGUAUUUUUCCUUCUUCCAGGAUUACAUGUAAGUAUACGUUCUUUGCAUCAAGUUGCUGUGUUUUGUAGUGUCACACUGAUGGCCAGGUAAAUUUGUGGAGGAUUUUUGCAUCCAACUUAUAAGAAUUUUGCAAAAUUGGCUGGUUUACUUUCUUUGGAUUCACAAUCUAAUCAGCAACUUUAUGCAUCUUCUAUUUUGUUUUUUUAACUGUUUGUCAUAAAGCAUUGCACCCAGAGUCUGGUCUACCAGACAUUGUACCUGGAGCUUUUUUGUUAUUAGAAUUAAACCUUUUCAGUAAGAAACUG